CCUUUCUUAAGCACUCAUUUUUAAAAUCUCACACAAACCUCUCUAAUUUCCACUUUCUAUUAACAUCCAUUUCUUCUUUUUCCUCUAAGCUCCGCCGUCAACUCCCACCAUGAACCUGCCGGAAUUCUCCUCCGGCGAAACCUCAUCGCCCUCUUCCAGGCGAGAGCUUCCGAUCCAAGGUCCACGCCCACCGCCCCUCAGAGUCAGCAAGGAGUCCCACAAGAUCAGCAAGCCGCCGCGUCCGCCUCAGCCUGCCGCCGCAAACCAACCACUGCCGCCGCCUCCUGACGCUGCCGCCCAGCACCGCGAACCGGUUAUCAUCUACUCCGUUUCUCCCAAAGUCCUCCAUGUCACGGUCAGCGAUUUCAUGAACGUCGUACAGCGCCUCACCGGACCUAAUUCCUCCUCUGCCGGCGAAGAACCGCUUCCCAGAUCCGGCGACAUAUCGCCGGCAGCGAGGCUGGCGUCGAUCGAGAAGACGAGCCCGUCGGAGAAGGAAAGAGUUCACGCCGGAGACGAGGACAUGAGUUGGCUGUUGGAAGGCGUAGAAGUAGAGAUGGGUCAAUUCCCCAGUAUAUUAUCGCCGGCACCGGGGACUUUGCCGCCGAUAUCUUCGGGGUUCUUUUCUCCGGCGAGUGACCCCCAAACGGGGUCGUUUUUUCACGAACUGAACCCGUUUUGGCCAGCGAACAACUUCGUGGCGAGUCCGUCGGGUUUACUUUCUGUGUUGUCUCCGCUGCCGUCGCCAGACCUAUUCAGCAUCUUCGACUGAAUUUUCGAUUUUAAUUUUAUUGGUAGAUUAUUAUUAUUAUUAUUAUCAUUAUUAGUAAUUAAUGAUUUUUUCUGGACUAAAGAAGGUUUUGGCUUUAUGUGUUGAUGAUUGAUUGGGGGAAGGUGGUGGAAAAUUCCACAUUUCACUGACUUUUGUGCAAUAAUUUUUGUGUAUAUUAUUGACUACAAAAAUGUGUAACUGUGUAAGAAAAAAAAACCGAACGAAGACUUUGUUUUUUGCAAA